AUGCCACAUGCAAAUUACGUACGCCAUGGACAUUGGCGGGAUGGCAAUAUUGCGGCCUUGGGAGCAUGCCAUGGUCUAGGGAAUCUCUACUCUGACCAGGGCAAGCUUACAGAGGCCGAGAAUAUGUACCAGCGAGCACUAGCAGGCAGAGAGAAGGCGCUAGGUCUUGAUCAUCCAUCCACCCUUGAUACAGUCAAUAACCUUGGGAACCUCUACUUUGAUCAGGGCAAGCUGAAGGAGGCCGAAAAGAUGCACCAGCGGGCACUGGCAGGCUAUGAGAAGGCCCUGGGCCCUAAUAAUAUAUCUACUCUUCAUGCAGUCGGUAAUCUUGGACGCCUUUGCUCUGCUCAAGGCAAGUUUCUGGAGGCGGAGAAGAUGUACCAGCGGGCUCUAGCAGGCAGAGAGAAGUCUCCGGGCCCUGAUCAUACAUCUACCUUCAAUACAGUCGAUAAUCUUGGGCUUCUCUACUCUGUCACCCUUAAUAAAGUCAGUAAUCUUGGGCUUCUUUACUCUGCUCAGGGCAAGUUUAUGGAGGGGGAGAAGAUGUACCAGCGAGCACUGGCAGGCUAUGAGACGGCACUGGGUACUGAUCAUACAUCCACCCUCGAUACAGUCAAUAAUCUUGGGAAACUCUACACAGUUAAUGGCAAGCUUAAGGAGUCAGAGAAGAUGUUCCAGCAAGCACUGGCAGGCAGAGAGAAGGCUCUGGGUCCUGAUCAUCCAUCUACCCUUGAUACAGUCAAGGAUCUUGGGCAUCUCUACAUAUUUCAGCGCAGGUUUAAGGAGACAGAGGAGAUGUACCAGCGAGCACUGGCUGGCUGUGAGAAGACACUGGGCCCUGAUCAUCCAUCCACGCUUGGUGCAGCCAAUAAUCUUGGAUUUGUUUACUUUUUACAGGGCAAGCUAAAGGAGUCAGACGAGAUGUGCCGGCGCGCACUUGCAGGCUAUGAGAACCCACAUGAGACCUGA